AUGGCUGUAGAUCGUGUUUAUGAUCCAAAAGGUUUGGUGCAGUUGAAACAGACUAAGAAAGAUCUGUUUCUUUCGAAAAGAAAAGGUGUUUUCUGGGAUUGCUUGAACUUGGGGGCAGUCACUGUAGAGCAUAUAGGACUCUUAUUUGCUCCUUUUUACUUUACUUGGAAUGCCUUUUGGGUUGCAGUGAUAUUGUUUCUGCUGACUUUCCCCAUAGGGAUUAGUCUAUCUUACCAUAGAAACCUUAGUCACGGUAGUUUUAAGCUCCCAAAACCACUUGAAUACUUGUUUGCUUCCUUUGGGCUUCAUGCUGCAGAGGGAGAACCGAUGUUCUGGGUAAGCAGUCAUCGAUACCACCAUCAGUUCACAGAUUCUGUUCGAGACCCACAUAGUCCAAUCGAGGGAUUUUGGUUCAGCCAUAUCACAUGGGUUUUCCACAACAAGUACAUCAGGGAAAAGUGCGGAAAAUCAAACAAUGUACUGGACUUAAAAAAGCAAGCCUACUACCGGUUUCUUCGGAAAUCACACUUCCUUCACCUCCUUGGACUUGCACUUAUCUUGUACAGUGCCGGAGGCUUACCGCAUCUUAUUUGGGAAACGAAUGUGAGAUUAGCAUAUGGGCAUCAUUGCACAUUCAUGGUGAACUCAGUUUGCCAUAUAUGGGGAAAAAAGCCAUGGAACACCAAAGAUUUAUCUAAGAACAACUGGGUUGUAGGAUAUCUAGCAUUUGGAGAGGGUUGGCACAACAACCAUCACGCCUUCGAGUUCUCAGCCAGGUUAGGGCUUGAAUGGUGGCAAGUUGACGUUCCUUGGUACAUGCUUCGACUUCUCGAGUAUCUUGGACUAGCAACAAAUGUUAAAGUUCCUACGGAAUUUCAGAAACAAAAUUACUCCAUCAAAAUUCAUAACGAGUUUCAGUGA